AUGUCGCUUGAGGAGCGGGAGCUCUUGCAUGUCGUUGCUGAGGAUGAGGAAGGGGUUGUUGCUGAGGUCUUCGUGUACAGCGAUGACACGAUGCUUUCGCUGCGGCGUGCGGUUUGCAGCGCGGCCAAGCUUCAGCACCUGGCCCUGAAGUUCGAGGGCUCGCACGUGGCCAUGCAUCAUACGCUCCAGGCUGCGGGGCUUCAGAACCACUCAGUGGUGCAGAUCACCCCGAUCCAUGAGGUGGGCCUUGCAUCCGCCUCUUCGGAUGGCAUGGUUUUCUUCUGGGAUGCACUCAGUGGCAAGCGCGUGGAGUCCUUGAGGGGACACAGCGACGCCAUCCUGGGCGUUUCCUUCUCUGCAUCGGGCAAGCUCUUGGCCACCUGCAGCGCCGACUGCACGGGCAAAGUCUGGGAAACUUUGACCGGCAAAGGCCUUACAACGCUUCUGGGCCACGAAGACUGGGUCACCUGCGUGGCUUUCGAUGCCUCCGAAGCCUUGGCCGUCACCGCCAGCUUAGACUGCAGCGCCAGGAUUUGGGAAGUUGCCAGCGGCAGGUGUCUGCAGACCUUGCCCGGCGGUGUUAGCCCGGUCUUCUGGGCCAGCUUUGCGCCCGAGGAGGAAGAACUGGCCACAGCUGGCCUCAGUGCUCAGACGGAUCAGAAAACGAGUUGCAUUGACAAAAAGUUUUUCAAAGGUGCAGACAAUACGGCCACCAUCUGGAGUCUCACCGGCCAGGUGCAGACAGUCCUCGAAGGCCAUGAGGACAAUGUGACCUGCGUGACCUUUUCCCCGGAUGGCUUGCGGCUUGUGACCGCCUCGCAGGAUCGCAAGGCCAAGCUUUGGGAGGCCGCUGCGGGCUCUUGCAUCCGAGACUUCCAUGGGCAUACGGACACGGUGCAGUCCGCGUUGUUCUCCGGCGACGGCCGUCUGGUGCUAACGGCCUCAUUGGACCGCACAGCAAAGGUUUGGGAGAGCCAAACCGGGGAUUGCUUGCGCACAUUAGUAGGGCAUUCGGGCUCGGUGCUCUUCGCUGCGUUCUCUGCGGACGGCGCCUUCGUGGCCACAGCCGCAAGGGAUGCCACGGUUCGGACCUGGGACACCAAGACGGGCCGCAGCCGAUGCCUGCUGGAGGGCCACCGCGCCAAGGUGAACGCUAUCUCCUUCGUCGCCUUCUGA